AUGUUCGUGCACUUCCGGUGUAUGAUCCGUCAUUCAUUGAAACGGAGUUAAAAUUGUUAAAAGUUGUAUAAUCUUCGCCUGUUUUAAUAAUUUAUAACUGUAAUUUUGACGUAAAUAAAAUAUUGUGCAUGGAGAAUUGUGCUUGAGUACAUCAACGAUGUCUGCCAUGUUCGAGGGGAAUGCAUUGUCAGCCAUGCAGACCUCUCACUGCCACACUCUAAACAAUUACAGCCCUCAAGAGCUGGCUUUAGAAAUUAAGGCUUUCAUCAGCGGUGUUGACCAGACGCAGGGACGUAAACUCAACGUUCGCGAUCAUGCCCGAUGUGCAGUGCGUCUCCUUCGAACGGUACCGGCCUGUCGCGGAGCCGUCCUAGAGCACUUAAGGGGCGUGUAUGAUGAAUAUGUUGCAGCUUUUUUACGAGAUCUGGAGGCAGAAGGUGAAAAUGGAGGCAACUGUACGAGUGCAGCAAGCAACACCAGCGUUUCCAAUCUAGAGGAUGUCAUUAAAGAGGUUCAUGCAGUCCUCUCAGAAUUCAUCAAGCUUAGUCCUAAAGCUUGGGCACCACUUGUGUCCACAUGGGCCAUAGAUCUUCUUGGUCAGCUUAGCAGCAAGCACGCAGGACGAAGGGCAGCUCCUCACUCCUCCAGCCUGAAUGAGCUGCUGCAGCUUUGGAUGUCGUGUGCAGCCACUCGUUCACUUAUGGAGUGCUACUCUCAGUGUCUGGCAGCCAUGUUGGCAUGGUGUCCCGAUGCCUGUGUGGAUGCGUUGCUGGACACCUCGGUUCAGCACUCGCCUCAUUUUGACUGGGUCGUUGCCCACAUUGGCUCUGCUUUCCCUGGUACUAUCAUCAGCAGGGUGCUGGCUUGUGGACUCAAAGACUUUUAUGCACAUGGAUAUUCCUCCGCUGAGAAGAUGAGUCAACAGCAGGCAAUAGACAAGAGCAGUAGGGUCCCCAAAAUAGGCUCAGUGGUUGGUAUCCUAGGACACCUGGCCUCCAGACAUUCAGAUAGCAUCAAGAAAGAGCUUCUCAGGAUGUUCCAAGACAGUUUGUCCGCUCCGUCUCAAAACGUACCGCCACAUUCAUCUGGGACAGGUGGGUGGGAGAACUCCCCUCAUCUCCGUAGGGCCACCGUGCCUUUUUUGCUUCAGCUGGCUGCUCUUUCACCUACACUCCUGGGUGCUGUUUCUGCAGAGUUGGUGGAGUUUCUCCGACCCCCUGUACUACUUCAACUGCAGGCUCAGUUUCAGGCUUUGCCCCGGGAGGAGCUUGAGAACAUGCUAGGUCUAGCUGUGCAUCUCAUCAGCCAAAGCCCUUCGGGCGGAGCAAGGGUGUUAAAGUUCCUUGCUGACACUGCCACACCAUCUUCUGUGAUCAUAUCAGGUCCUACACCCUCUCCCCAUGACAGUAUUCGAGAAGCCUGUGAUCGCUUACUGCAAAUGCUCCUGCUACACCUUCACAAGCUUGUGCACAACCGUUCAGAGGGUGACGAACCCUACCCACACCAUUCAUCUGCCUCUGGUUCAGCAAUGCCUCAAGUGAUUCCAUUUCUAGACGAGCUCCAGGUCCACAUAGGGGAACUAUGUGCCGAAACCCUCCGGCUCGAGCGGAAAAGGCACCUUUGGUUGCAUCAGCUCCUGUGUCUGUUGUCUGUAUAUGGUGGCGCGAGUGUGGCCACUGAAGCUUUGUGUCAGCUCUUCACCCAAGCCCGCAAUUCAGAAGAGCUUGCCCUGGCCUCGCAACUGUACACCCCACUCUCCACUUCUCUUUCUGGCUUGCUUCCCUCAACAGUAGCUCGCUGCGUUGCCCAGAUCCAAACCCAGAACCUUAACAACAAAGAGCUAGCUCAGCUCCUGAACAACCUGGCUACAGCCAUACAGAGCGAAGAGGAGGAUCGUAAAAACGAAGUGGGGAGUUCAACUCAGUCGUCUAUGUCUGUACAAGUCAGGAUCGCUGUUUCCAACCACCUUCAUGAUUUCUGCCCCUUGCUUCUUUAUGGUGACACAACGGUAUCUCGAGCUACUGCCCGUCUGCUGUCAUGUAGCCAGCUUCCCCGAGCAUGUUCUCCAGCUCAUCUAUUACUCUUAUGUCGAGCGGCAGUCUCGCAUUUCUUUGUGUCUGUACGACAGCGAGGGGAGGGCCUUGAUGUAGGAUCGCAGGCAGGAGAAGAGGAAGUGGGCCACUCCAUGCGUCUCUUGUCACGUCUGGCAGGCUACUCCCCUUUGACGCUUAAAGCUGUGCUUCAACAACUGGUGGAAGGUGCCUUACACAAAGGAAACAGAGAUUUGUUUGGAGGUCUCCAGGAAAGUCCAGGUGAUGACAUGACGCAAUCACCCAACCACCUGGGUGUCUCACUUUUGGGCAUCAACUGUAAAUUUGGCACCGCUGUUAACUUCUCUGGUAGCGUGUGGUCCGUGUUUCAUUCUGGUGUUAUUGGAAAGGGUUUAAAACCUCCCCAUACUCCCUCACAACCAGACCGAGACAGAGUCAUUCAUAAUAUACAGACCUUACUUGCAGUGACUGUUCAGUGCUGUAGUUCAGGUGGAGGAAGCACUACAGGCAACGCUAGAAACGGCUCUGCUGCAGGUGCCGCUAAUGGCCGCUACCCUCAUGCCAAAGAAGCUCUUGUUUCAGAAGAGCUUCCCCCCAUUAAUGCAGAAGCUGCAAAGGUCAUCGCGGUAACCCUGGUUGAGAACAUCUGCCCAGAUGUAGCAAACGGAGAACUCUCAUGGCCACCAGAGGAACAUGCGAAAACUACAGUUGAGCGAGACAUACACAUUCGACGUUGCUUUGAAGGAAACGCUGUGUUGUUCCAGUUUCUUUGUGUGGUCGCAGCUGGACGUCCAGCUUUGUGCUACUGUUCGGUUGUUUUAAGGGGCCUACUUUCCACCUUACUGGCUCAUUGGGAAGCAUCAAGAGAACAAUUGGUAUCAGACUCCCCCUGGCAUCUUCAGGCCUCCUGUUUGCUUGUAUCAUGUAUGGGCGAGGGACAGCUUCUACCACCAGUACUGAGCAACAUCCAUGAGGUCUUCCCUCACAUCUCACCAUAUGAAGUUAGGCUCCUCCUGUUGGGUGUAUGGGAGUACAUGAGAGGUAACAGCCCUAUGCCACAGAAGUUCAGUUUCUGUGCUGAUCAGGGUCUUUUCUUUCGGGACUUUUCACGGGAUGGCGAUGUUGCACGCUAUAUUGCACCCAUCCACAGUGUUCUGCAUAAGAACAUUGAGCGUCUGGGACACCUUUGCUGGAGAUUUCAAGUUUAAGUUUUGUUACAUACUGUUGUUACAAACCAGGAGUUUCAUUUUUUUUCAACAAGUAGUGCUUAAAUGUAAAUUUGAUACUUCUAAAGAGAACAUGUUGAGGUGUGAAAUCUAGACAAAGAAUUCUGUAUAUUUCUGACAAACUUAAUUACUGUUCUGCUAACCAUCACCUCUGUUUUUGUAGUAGUAAAUAUGUCUAGCCAAUUUUUUGUAGAUUUUUUUAAGCACAUUGGAAUGUAAUACACUUUCUAUUUGCAUUUGUUGUUUGGAAACCAGUAAAGAUCUUAA